ACUCUGCGCGCCGGCGGGGGCUGCGCAGGAGGAGCGCUCCGCGGCCACGGCGCUGCGCGGCCGGCGCGGCGACACCUGUUCGCGGCAGCCCCGGCAGCACGCGAGCUCCGGGACGCGGUCCUCAGCCGCUCGCCGCUCGCCUGCUUGCAAGCCGCUGGACCUCUGCAGAGCCUCCGCAGCGUGCCGGAUACUACCUUUGGACACCGAAAGUUUUUUCUUUUUGUUUUAUUAUUAUUAAUUUUUGGAGGGGGGGGAUUGGAAGAGAGGGUCUGUCGCCGCCGCCAACGUGAGAUUUUUUUUUUCUCCUUGAAGGAUUCAUGCUGAUGUCUGCAGAGUCGGUUAGAGAGUAAAAACAGCGCAUGCCUUCCUGGAGUCAGGAUCCGUAAAUUCUGACGUAGCCUGAGCAUCUUAAAAAUCCCUGUAAUAUCGCCCAAGCACUUACGUUGCUAUGGUCAUUCUGAUCUCAAAGCAAAUGGAGAAACUACGGAUUUUUUUCCCUUAUUACGGUCGGAUGGGAUGAAGACCUUCCUGCCUGCUGAGAGCUGGGGCUCCAUCUGUAGAGAUGCCUAGAUGUGUUGAUCAGUGUCAGUGUGUGAGUAUAAAGUGGAGGCUUCUUAGACCAUCAGUGGUUUGACCUUGAACCUGUGCCAGUGAAACAGCAGAUUACUUUUAUUUAUGCAUUGGAUGGAUUGAAGAAAAGAACCUCUUUUCCCCUCUCUCUCUCUGCAACUGCAGCAAGGGAGGGGAGUUGGAUAUACCUCGCCUAAUAUCUCCUGGUAGAUACCAUCAUUAUUGUUUAUUCUUGUGCUCCAAAAGCCGAGUCCUCUGAUGGCUCCGUUAGGUGAAGUUGGGAGCUAUUUCGGUGUGCAGGACGCGGUACCGUUCGGGAACGUGCCGGUGUUGCCGGUGGACAGCCCGGUGUUGCUAAGUGACCACCUGGGUCAGUCUGAAGCAGGGGGGCUGCCCCGGGGACCCGCAGUCACGGACUUGGAUCAUUUGAAGGGGAUUCUCAGGCGGAGGCAGCUGUACUGCAGGACUGGAUUUCACUUAGAAAUCUUCCCUAAUGGUACCAUUCAGGGGACCAGGAAAGACCACAGCCGAUUCGGCAUUCUGGAAUUUAUCAGUAUAGCAGUGGGCCUGGUCAGCAUUCGUGGUGUGGACAGUGGACUCUACCUCGGCAUGAAUGAGAAAGGGGAGCUGUAUGGAUCAGAAAAACUAACUCAAGAGUGUGUAUUCAGAGAACAGUUUGAAGAAAAUUGGUAUAACACCUACUCAUCGAACCUGUAUAAACACAUGGACACUGGAAGGAGAUUCUAUGUUGCAUUAAAUAAAGACGGGACCCCAAGAGAAGGGACCAGGACUAAACGGCACCAGAAAUUCACACAUUUUUUACCUAGACCAGUGGACCCUGACAAAGUACCUGAACUAUAUAAGGAUAUUCUAAGCCAAAGCUGACAAAGACAAUGUCUUCACUUGAGCCCUUAAAAACAUAACCACUAUAAAUGGUUUCAUGCAGUGGGUUCUUAUUGAUUAGCUGUGUCAUCACCUCAGCCCCACUGUUGCCAAACUUUGUCGCAUGCAUAUGUAUGAUGGAAGCUUGGAUGGGAACAUGCUGAUUUUGCUCUGCACUUACUGGCUGGUCCUCCUGGAGGACUGCCUGGGGCCACUUGCUUGAUUUAUUGUGAAAGGAGGGGAGAGAGGGUGAGUGAGAGGGUGCGAGUGUGUGAAGGGGCGAGUAGAGGGCGAGAGCUGAGAGAGAGCCAAGAGGACAACGGCCUGAUGCAUGCUGGGAAAUAGACACGCUUUUACAUUUUUGAUCAGUUGAACUUCAUCCUUUAUCAGCACAGCUGCCAUACUCCGACUCAUCAGGAUUUCUGGCUGGUGGCCUGCACAAGGAAACGCUGCGUUUUCACAGGCAUGGAGGGUGCAGUCUCACUCAAAGACUUUCAGUUCCUUCUCACUGAUAUCAUCCCAGUGAGUUUAAGCAAAGACCUCUUAGUUUAAAAAAAGAAAAGAAAAAAAGAAAAAAAGAAAAAAAAGAAAAAAAGAAAAAAAGGUUAAAUUUAUUUAUAGAAAUUCCAAAAGCAACAUUUUAUUUAUUUUAUAUAUUUAUUUAUUAUAUAGAGUUUAUUUUUAAUGAAAUAUGUACAGGCCAGAUAGGCAUUUUGGAAGCUUUAGGCUCUGUAAGCAUUAAAGGCAAAGUCUGCUAUGAACCUGUGGUAAAUUCAUGCAAGUAGGUAUAUGAGAAAUUCUAAUGACCCUAAUGUACUACAGACGACAAUCUACUUUGUGCCCGUAUUAUUGUAAACUUCUGCACAUCGCUCAUGACACUGAGUAUUCACUCUCCAGACUGCUUGUUUCAUAGCUUACCCCAGAGGAUUAAAGAUAAACUGGGUCUCAACCUUUUA